AUGCAUUCUCCCACCUUUACCUACACAUCGACAAGCGAGAGUGCAAUUUGGGAGGCUGAUGAAAAUUCCAUUUUUCUUUCUCUUGGCCCUCCUGGCCCACAUAACCGCAAGAACCCGUUCUAUAUUCCCUAUUCAAACCACCAUGUGCCUCACCAAAUUCCUUCCAGCGUUGGGGGUACUGCAUCAGUAGCCCUUCACGUUGGUCCUCCAUCAGGACCCAGUUCUAGCAACCCUGAUGAAAUCGCUGUUCCUGUUGAAGGCCAAUACUGGAUUCCUUCUCCGGCGCAAAUCCUUGCCGGCCCAACACAGUUCUCAUGCACUGUCUGCAACAAAAAAUUCAACAGAUACAACAAUAUGCAGAUGCAUAUGUGGGCGCAUGGAUCACAAUACCGCAAGGGCCCAGAAUCUUUGAGAGGGUCGAAACCCACUUCUUCCAUUCUGAAACUGCCAUGCUAUUGUUGUACUGAGGGUUGCAAGAACAAUAUAGAGCAUCCAAGGUCAAAGCCAUUGAAAGAUUUCAGGACACUUCAGACUCAUUACAAGCGAAUGCACGGAGUCAAACCGUACUGGUGCCAAAAAUGUGGGAAAGCAUUUGCGGUCCGAGGGGAUUGGAAGACUCACGAGAAGAAUUGUGGGAAGCUCUGGUUUUGUAUUUGUGGUUCUAAUUUCAAACACAAGAGGUCACUUAAAGAUCAUGUUAAGGCAUUUGGAGAUGGCCAUGCUCCGCACUCUACGCGGGAGCUAUGCGAGGUUGAAGAAGAAGAAGAAGACGACGACGAUGACCACGGUACUGAAAAUGAAAACAGAGGUCAUGGAUCUGUUUUCUUUAAGUAA